AUGGGUGUACAGCAUUUAGAUCUCCAAACUUUGUAUUCUUUGAGCCACGAGUAUUCUGAUAGCGCCCGGAAAUUGGCGGUUUGUAUAGCCACGGAUUCGCAAGUGCGUCAGUACCAAAUAUUGAUAUACCACGCGAUCCGAGCGCUCCAGAUGAUCAAGGACACCGUACAGCUAAGUGCUGAGCAGGACGUGAUGGUGACACUGGAGUUGUGCGAGCUGCUGGUGCAGGAAACGCACGAGUUGGAUCUCGUGGAAACCUAUCUCUCCAGCGCGCUAGAGCGGUUGUACGGUACUGGUUUAGUUCAACAGAAAAUGGUGGUAAUAGCUGCUUUGGUAAGGGUCGCGCGGGCGAGGAAGUCUGCAAAACACACAAAAAAUGCACUUCGUCUGGUAGCAGCCGCUCUGGAGGAUGUCAAGUCGACCGGCUCACGCUGGGACCUGUAUUUCCAGUACCUCCGUGUCGAACUCAUCAUUGAGGUGUCUCCCUCUGACUCUAGAAUACCCGCUCUUUUUGGUACGCUUAUCUCCAGCUCUCGAUCGGUUCCAGGAUUCGAGGCAUUUGUGAUAUGUGCGUAUAUUGGUUGGAGUUUGCAACAGCACCAUAAGAUCGUGCAAGAAUAUCUCGAUAGACUUGGUGAACUCAGCAGUGCCUGUUUGCCAGUUCAGUUAAAACUAUGGAAUAAUCUUACAGAAUUACUUGUCCUCAUUUAUCGCGACGCUAACAUUACGUCCAAAUUGUCAGAUUUCAAAGCCUUGGUAGCCGCGCACAAGAAUGAAGCCGUCGAUUCUACAUUCCAACUCAGUCUUGAUGAAGAAGUCGUUCUUUCAUUGGAUAGUCCCACUUUUCGCUAUAAAGAUUUCAAACACAUCAUUCUACUUUUCCAAAGCAUCAGUUAUCUCACCAAUUGUUAUGACAAAAAGGCUAAUUUUUCGGUAAAGUACCUGCCCAAAGUCAAGAAAGCUGCCUCGGAAUUACUACUGAGCUGUGCGGAAGGUGGUGGUUUGGAGCAACGAGCUUAUCGGCGGGCCUUUUAUAAAACCAUUGUUGAUCUGUGCAAUUACUACAUGGGCUUGGAGAGCUUAAUCUUGAAAGGAGACUGUUCUGAACUCGUCGGUGAGAACGACUAUGUCACUCUCAUCAGGUCGAUGCGGGCACAAAUCGGCCGUAACUCCGUAUCCUCUUUAGAAGGUUACUCAUCUCUACAACAAUCGAAGAAUCCUGAAUUUCAAUUGAUUGGUCUAUGUGGCGCGUUUGCGAUUGAAGCUGCUGUCAUGAGUAGGACUGGUGGCACCAUUCCUUUUCAAAAAUAUGAGGACGUCAAUAAGAUAUGGAGCAAGAUCGAGAAGCUUUUUGCAAUCCACUCCUUUGAUGAAAACCACAUUUGGCAAAGUACCAAAACUGUUCUUUGGAUCUGCGCUCAUUUUCAGCCUUUCACGAGCUCAGAAUUAUCAAAGGACAACGACAUAGGCUAUCUCGAUAUCCUAAAAUCAUACUUUGCAGCCAAUAGCUUCGUCAACGGGAUAGCCUCGUCCUCCAAAAAAAUUGAUAGUACUAAGAAAUCUCCAGUACUUAAAAAAUCGCUGCUUCUGCAUUUGCUUCUAAAUUAUCUCUCGGGUGCGAUAAUCGUUCAUGAUCUUGAAGAAAAAUGCGUUAUUUCAAACACCUGUUACCAUGUCGCAAGUCAACAACAUAUGCCUCUAAUGGAAUACAUAUCAGGGCUGUCGCACCUAAUCAAUUGUGGUUUGGCGAUGAAGAAUAAAGACGUCUCCAUCGUUAAAAAGAAGUUGAAUGACACGGUUCAAAGUUUGCUAAGCACCGGAUUUGAGCGGGCUCAAUAG